AGACUCUAAACCAAUGAGCGACUAUCACUCUAGUUUAAAGACAAUAUGUGGAAACCAAAAGUCUCAUUUUGUGCUUUCUGUAUGUGAAAGUUACAACAACUGAAUUAAAAAUGAGUGGAAGAGGCAAAACUGGAGGCAAAGCAAGAGCGAAAGCCAAGACUCGCUCAUCCAGGGCAGGACUGCAGUUUCCUGUCGGCCGUGUCCACAGACUUCUCCGCAAAGGCAACUAUGCUGAGCGCGUCGGUGCUGGUGCUCCAGUUUAUCUGGCGGCUGUGCUCGAGUAUCUUACCGCUGAGAUCCUGGAGUUGGCUGGAAAUGCCGCUCGGGACAACAAGAAGACCCGCAUCAUCCCCCGUCAUCUGCAGCUGGCGGUGCGCAACGACGAAGAGCUGAACAAACUUCUGGGCGGAGUGACCAUCGCUCAGGGCGGUGUGCUGCCCAACAUCCAGGCUGUGCUGCUGCCCAAGAAGACCGAGAAACCUGCCAAAUCCAAAUAAAACUGUUAGAGAUUGUUUUAGUGAUCUAAAGGCUCUUUUAAGAGCCACCCAUUUUAUCUAAUAGAGAGUGCUUUUCUUUGUUAAUAUUAAAAAGCAUCAUAAACUACUUGAAGAGGGGGAAAAAAAAACUAUUAAACCAGUCAAAUGUAUAAGGUGUGCAUUCUUAUUAUAAGCACAUGAUG